ACCAAACGGAAGUAAAUGAAAUCGGCACCCGGGGUGUACGCCCCGGGGGUGUCCCUCCCGUUUUCGUUCUGUUUAAGAAAGGUUUACAACAGAAUCGACGUAAUGAAUAUGCCCCAGGUUUGGCAAAUGCACGUGACGAUAGACAAGCAUCAUGGCGGCGCACGGCAAUAAUGUCCAAGUAGAGAAAGUAGAAAACCCAGCAAAGAAACGAAAUGUGUAAGUAACGUUAGUAAGCUAGUCACCUCCACGAGGUUCGCUUAUGGACACUCACGGCAUGUGAAGAUAUCAAAGAGAGAGUAGUUUGCCAACCAGACUGGCUAUGUCGAUUGUGUUUAGAAAUGCCAACGGGUGGCUGUUGGAUGCUUGUUCACUUGUCGACAAGGGUGUCCAACUAUGUAACGUUACUUCGGAGAGGAAAGCAGCCAGUGGAAAGUCGUAUUUUAAAUGUUGUUUUAAACAUGAGUGGUUUCAGAUUUUAAAAUCUCACGUUAGUGUUAAAUCCAGUUGUACCGUGACCACAAACGACUGUGCCGUCUCAGACGCAGCGCUACAGAGGAGUGAGAAUAAAACUACAGUGGAUUGUAAACCAUCAAAGAAAAGAAAACGAAAACACAAUGAUCUGAACCAAGGAGAAAUUGAUUCACUGGCCUUCCACCACAAGAUCAGGUCUGCCAUUUUGGAAGGGACCAAAUCCUUAGUGGAUGCUGGGCUCUCCUGUGAGUACCUGAGUGAGGUCAAAGAUGCUCGGGAGGAUCCCCUGCCUUCCCAGGAAUGCAACCUGGCAGCCUUGUGUGACAUGGCUAAAGAGCUCCCUCUAGUGAGUGAACAUGGAGAGGACCCAGUUCAGUUCAUUGAGUCUGAGGACGGCUGUAGUACAACACACCUUGACCUGUUCACACGGAUCACAGAGAAUUGUAUGGACUGUGCCAUGGAGGUGACGCUGAUGGGAGAGAAAUACAUUAUCCCACCACGAUGUGCCUUCCUGCUCUCUGAUUUUUCCAGAAUGCAGCCUCUGGUUGGCUAUGGAAAGUUUUUCGACCUCAUUGUCCUGGAUCCUCCAUGGGAAAACAAGUCUGUCAAAAGGAGUGGCAGGUAUAGCUUUCUGCCCUCCUCCCAGCUCAAACGGCUCCCUGUCCCCUUGCUGGCCUCCACAGGCUGUGUGGUGGUCACCUGGGUGACCAACAGGCCCAGCCACCUGCGCUUCGUCAAGGACGAGCUGUACCCACACUGGGGCGUGGAGGUGCUGGCAGAGUGGUUCUGGGUCAAGGUCACCAGGUCAGGGGAAUAUGUCUUUCCACUAGACUCUCCGCAUAAGAAGCCUUACGAGGUGUUGGUACUUGGUCGAUAUCGUGGGUGCGGACACCACUCACACAGCUCUCUGAGGAAGACAGAGCUCCCUAUGGAGGAGCAGCGUGUGAUCGUCAGUGUCCCAUCGGCCCUACACUCCCAUAAACCUUCACUCUCAGUAGGGACACAGAGGGACACCAACGCUCGCUCUCCUCCUCAGAGAUCCAAACACAUCCUCGCCAGAUGGCCGAAACGGCAGAAAAAAGUGUUUAUGCUCCUCGGAGUGUGAAUAAUCUGUUUGCUUUUAAUUGUGGCUCCUAAAAACUUUGGUAAUUAGCUAAAGUUGAACAUUUUUCUCCCAGCAUUGUAUUGUAAUAAGCGGCUAAUUGGCAGUGCCCUCCUCAUGCCCGCCCAAUUCACUGGCACCCAGCCAGCGUGUGUGAGAUUCUAAUUGACUUGCGAAAAGAUGUGUGCUACUGUUAAACUCAGAAGAAAACCUGAGAUAUGGGGAGGCAGGGUAGCCUAGUGGUUAGUGUUGGGCUAGUAACCAAAAGGUUGCAAGUUCGAAUCCCCGAGCUGACAAGGUACAAAUCUGUCGUUCUGCCCCUGAAAAAGCCAGUUAACCCACUGUUCCUAGGCCGUCAUUGUAAAUAAGAAUUUGUUCUUAACUGACUUGCCUAGUUAAAUAAAGGUAAAAAAUAUAUAUAUUGGUGAGUGAUUUAUAUUUGUCCUAUUUCACAUGUAGAAGUGUGUGUGAAUUGGAAAUGUUUUUUUUGCAUAUCCCAACUCAACCCUGGAGCAAUUAGGGGUAUGUGCCUUGCUCAAGGGCACAUUGACCGAUUCUUAAUCUUGUUGGCUUGGGGUUUCGGUCUAGUGACAUUUCGGUUACUGGCCCAACACUUUAACCACUAGGCUACCUGCUGUCCUGGGGAGGUGAGAAAGGCAGGGAAAAUAACUUGAUUCACUCACAGCUGGAGGUGCUGAGUAAGGUGAUAUGUACAGUAUUUCUACACACAUUUCCACCACUUUUAGCCAGUGGUGUAAAGUACAAAAGUUACAAUACUUUAAAGUACUACUUAAGUAGUUUUGGGGGGGUUCUGUAUUUUACAUUUAUAUUUAAAAAAAAAAAACUUUUACUCUACUAUAUUCCUGAAGAAAAUCUGUACUUUUUACUCCCAUACAUAUUCCCUGACACCCAAAAGUACUUGUUACAUUUCGAAUGCUCAGGCAGAACAGCAAUAUUGUCCAAUUCACACACCUAUCAAUAUAACGCGUUGUCAUUCGUACUGCCUCUGAUCUGGCGGACUCCCUAAACACAAAUACUGUGUUUGUAAAUUGUCUGUGCCCAUCUGUAUGUAAAUACAAAAAUUGUUAUAAUUGUGCCAUCUAGUUUACGUAAUAUAAAUAAUUUGAUUUAUAGCAUUUACUUUUACUCAAGUAUGACAAUUGAGUACUUUUUCCACCACUGUACUUAAAUACAUUUAAUACCAGAGAUUUAAAACUUUUACUCAAGUACUAUUUUACUCAAGUAUGACAAUUGAGUACAUAUUCCAACUGCUUUUACCAAACACUUUUAUCCAAACCGACUUAUAGUACAGUGAGAGAAUCAAUAUUUGUGUUCCCUGUGAGACUUCAACCCUUGACCUUGGUGUUGCUAGGGCCACGCACUUACCAUCUGAGCCACACAGGACCGCACACACUGCAGUUUAAUAUUUGUGAGUGUUUGUGGUUUUAUAACCUCCACUCACUCAAAGUAUUAAUUCCCUGAAAUACCUCACUUUCAAAAUGAAUGGGUUGAGAUCAGGUGGGGCAGUAGAACAAGCGCUGUCUUCAAUGCCCUUAACUUGGCUGUCCCAGGAUCAGUUUGACAACCCAAACGGCACCCUAAUGCUUAUUUAGUGCACUACAUUUGAUGAGUCCCGGUGGAAAAGUAGUGCAGUAAAUAGGGAAUAGGUUGCCGUUUGGGAUUUAGGGGUCUAAACUCAAGGCAGCAGCACUGAGAGAAACAUCACAAAGAGCUAAGUUGAGCCGCGAGGCAAGCCGCAAGUCUCACACCCCCUCUCCUGCCUCUUGUGUCUUGCCUUGAGUUUUUAGAUAAUUAGACCUUUUUAUUCCCUCUCCAAACUUUGCGAGCUGAGUCACCGAUCAGAGUGUUUCUUCUGUGUUAGUGUGUGAGCUUUUCAUGUUUGGCCUUACUCUCCCCCCCCUGACUUUUUUCUUUCUGACAUGUUUCGUAAGAGAGGUGUCGACUG